CUGUAUUUUCCAGCAACAACAAAGCUCAACCAAUAACAACAUUUGUGCGUGAUAAAACUCGACCGUUUCAAGUUCCACAUCAUGUCCGUCCUCCUCUGUCCCAAGGCUCUUGGGUGGGGCUGCCUUUCCUCCACCCCGUUCCACGCCCACCGCGGCCUUCAAACCCUGUCAACCCCGCCCCAGUUCUCCACCAGCCACCUGCUCUAUUGGGCUCAACGCGAUCUACCCACUAAACCCAAAAAGCCCAUGACUCCUUACUUGGUCUACUUGAACGAACAAAGACAGACCUUUCCAUCGGGAAUGAAGAACUCGGAAUUCACGAAGAAAGUGGCCCAAAAGUGGUAUUCCUUGAGUGAAGGCGAAAAAUCGCGUUUGGUGAGGGAUUUUAACCAACGCAUGGCCGCUUACCAAAAAGAGAUGGACCAAUUCACGGAGAAAUUGACCCAGGACAAUCUCUUGGACGAGUAUAAACUGAGCCUGGCCAAAGAGCGAGCGGUCAAAAAAGCCAAACGGGAAAUGAAGAACGCUCAAGCCAAACUGAAACGGGCUCAGCCGGUAUUGACGAAACCGAAGAAGCCUUUGAACGCUUAUAAUCUCUUCACCACCGAGACCUAUGAGAGUACCUCUGGGACGGCUAGAGAUGCUUUCAAGAGCAUUGCCAAGAAGUGGAGAGAGAUGGCGGAGAGCGAGAAGGCCAAGUAUCAAGCCCAGGCCGAGAAAUUGGCCGAAGAAUACAAGGUGGAGUUGGCCAAAUGGGAGGCCAGCUACUUGGAGGAGUACAAUGAGCUCAAGGACGAUCUGAACAUCAAGGAACUCAAGCAGAAGAUGAGGGCCUUGAAAGGCCCGGAGAAAUGAAAGAACGGGCCUGAACUUGGUUUUGUAUUUGGGAAAGACUGAGCGAAAGAGGUGUAAUAUAAGAGUGUAAUAUGGA